AAACAAAGUUGAAGGCAUAUUGAUAGAUUUGCCUAAACUAAGCCAGCCGAUACACUUGAGUCCCACAGCCUUUGAGAAGAUGACAAGCCUCAGACUAUUUAUAUGUCGUGAUGCAUGUCUUUCUGGAGAGCCUAAUUUUCUUUCUAAUCAGUUAAGACUGAUAGAUUGGGAAGGAUAUCCCGGAGAAUAUUUUCCACCCAAUUUUCGUGGAAAGUACCUUGUGAUUUUAAGAAUGGCUCAUAGUCGCAUCAAGAUAUUGGACGGAGUUCAGCAAUUCCAAAACUUGACGACUAUGAAAUUCUAUGACUGUGUUUUCCUUGAAAAAAUCCCUGAUGUUUCAAGGAUCCCAAAUUUAGAGUCGUUGGCACUUUUUAAUUGCGAAAAUCUAGUUGAGGUUCAUCAUUCUGUUGGAUCACUUAAUAAGCUCAACAACUUGACCAUUUCCUUUUGCUCUAAUCUUAGAAGUUUCCCGAAAAGCUUCAAGUCUAGAUCUCUAGAGGAAAUCUAUUUUCAGAAUUUUUCAAUGCUUAAGAACUUUCCUAAAAUGGAAUGUGUAGAGGAUAUUUACUGUUGUGAUUCCUUAAGGGCACUUGAUUGGGGCUCCACGUUCACGUUGUACGAAUUAAAUCUAUCGGGGAGUGGUAUUGUUACCCUUUCUCGAUGUAUCGAAAGUUUUGUUGGAAUGAAGUUCCUUUCUUUGAUUGGAUGCGAGCAACUUCGAGAAAUUCUAGGACUUCCACCAAAUGUAGAAGAAGUAAGUGCUAGUGGGUGCUUGUCGUUGGAAAUAUUUUUAGAAGGAAGUAGAAAAUCUCUAUUGUUUAAUACGGAGGAUCCACCAGAGCGUAUGGGGGUUGGAACAGAAAUUCCAGCACAACAAUCAUUGAGAAAGAUAGAUUUAUCGUAUAGCGGUAUUGUUAGCCUGCCUAUAUGGUUCAACAAAUUUGUCAAAUUGGAGGAGCUUCACUUGAAUAAUUGCAAGCGACUUCGAAAAAUUCUAGUACUCCCACCAAAUGUAAGAAAAGUGGAGGCUCCGAAUUGCUCAUCAUUGGAAGUAUUUUUAGGAGAAGCUGGAAGAUCUCAAUUUAAUACAUUUGUCCCACCAAAUCCUUUGUGGGUUGGAACAGCAUCUUCGGCACUGCAACCAUUGGAACAAAAGUUUCAACUUGAAUGCCCUUUCAAUAGUUUGGAAUUUCUAGAUCUAAGCGGUAGCGCUAUUGUUAGCCUUCCUAUAUGGUUCAACAAAUUUGUCAAAUUGGAGUACCUUCGCUUGAGAAAUUGCAAGCAACUUCGAAAAAUUCUAGUACUCCCACCAAAUGUGAGAGAAGUGCAGGCUCCGAAUUGCUCACAAUUGGAAGUAUUUUUAGGAGAAGCUAGAAGAUCUCAAUUGUUUAAUACAUUUGUCCCACCAAAUCCUUUGUGGGUUGGAACAGAAUCUUCGGCACUGCAACCAUUGGAACAAAAGUUUCAACUUGAAUGCUCUUUCAAUAGUUUGAAAUGUCUAGAGCUAAGCGGUAGCGCUAUGGUUAGCCUUCCUAUAUGGUUCAACAAAUUUGUCAAAUUGGAGAGGCUUCACUUGAGAAAUUGCAAGCAACUUCGAAAAAUUCUAGUACUCCCACCAAAUGUAAGAAAAGUGGAGGCUCCGAAUUGCUCAUCAUUGGAAGUAUUUUUAGGAGAAGCUGGAAGAUCUCAAUUGUUUAAUACAGUUGUCCCACCAAAUCUUUUGUGGAAUGGAACAGCAUCUUCGGCACUGCAACCAUUGGAACAAAAGUUUCAACUUGAAUGCUCUUUCAAUAGUUUGAAACGUCUAGAGCUAAGCGGUAGCGCUAUUGUUAGCCUUCCUAUAUGGUUCAACAAAUUUGUCAAAUUGGGGGAGCUUAACUUGAGUAAUUGCAAGCAACUUCGAAAAAUUCUAGUACUCCCACCAAAUGUAAGAGAAGUGUAUGCUCCAGGUUGCUCAUCAUUGGAAGUAUUUUUAGGAGAAGCUGGAAGAUCUCAAUUGUUUAAUACAGUUGUCCCACCAAAUCUUUUGUGGAAUGGAACAGCAUCUUCGGCACUGCAACCAUUGGAACAAAAGUUUCAACUUGAAUGCUCUUUCAAUAGUUUGGAACGUCUAGAUCUAAGCAGAAGCGCUAUUGUUAGCCUUCCUAUAUGGUUCAACAAAUUUGUCAAAUUGGAGAAGCUUCGCUUGAAAUAUUGCAAGCAACUUCAAGAAGUUCCAGAGCUUCCACGAAAUAUAAGAUCUGUAGAUUUGGGUGGAUGCACGUCAUUGGAAAGAUUUCCAUUUAAUAACUUCCCAAAGCUAUGGUGGAUGGACUUCUCCUAUUGCCCUGAACAAAUAGGGAAUGCUGUACACAAUCAUUUAUUCAGUGAGGGACAUCCUAAGGUCGGUGGUUUUAAGUGUAUAUAUCCGGGAAAUAGGAUUCCAGAUUGCUUCAGCUAUUAUAAAGAGGUUUCAAAUACUAAUUUGUGUGAAAUAGAUACCGGGCCUCUACAUUUUGAUUCAAAGAAUACAAUAUUUGCUUUCUCUGCUGUUAUUGGACCGAUGGAUGAUGGAAAGGAUCAAUCUACUUUUGUUAUUGAUUUUAGAGUCUUCAAUAAUGGUCAGGAAAUCCGUUCUUAUGGCGCUUUGAUGAUAAAUCAGAUCACCAGGCCAGAUCAUGUAUUGUUAAUUUACGAAUCAUACCAUUCUCAGCUAACGACGAAUAAUCUUCGAGUUAAAUUUGAAAUCGAGCCUCCACCGUUAGUGUUCUUUAAAAGCUGUGCAUUCCAUAUAAUAGAACAAGGGUAUGAUGAUGAUGAUUAUGAUGAUGAUGAUGAUGAUGAUGAUUAUGAUGAUGAUGAUGAUGACGAGGAUUAUGCUUAUGAUUCUGAUUAUGAUGAUGAUGACGAGGAUUAUGCUUAUGAUUCUGAUUAUGAUGAUGAUUGUUGGAUUGGGCCUUUGACCAUCUCAUCUGAAAACCAAAUGGUAUCAGAACCAGGGUCAUGGGUUCGAGUCGCGGGAGCGUCAUGUUGAGGGAGGGAUUGUUGAGGUUCAACAAUGCCGCUGCUCUGCUCACUUGGACGGCUCUUAAAUACCUUGCGGGGUGCGAUUUCGAAUGCCAUAAAAGGAUUUGGCUUCCCUCACUGGACACCAAUUGGUUUUCAGAUGAGAUGGUCAAAGGCCCGAUUCAACAAUGAUGAUGAUGAAAGCGACAGGAAUCCAAUAGAACAGAGAUAGGAUGAUGAUGAUGAUGAUGAUGAUGAAUGGCACAAUUUACAUUUCUGUUCUAAGAGACGCCGUAAUGAUGAUGAUGAAGAAGAUGGUGAUGGUACCCACAACAACAGAGGCAUUCUUCGCUCUAGAAAAUUGUAUAGCUGCCAAGAUCUGAGAAUGAAAUUAAAUGCUUCUCAACACCCUUGUGGUGGACUCUACCAACGUGGAAAACGCAUCCUUCAUUGUGUCAAGCCCAUAAUUACAGGCACCAACUUGUGUACUCUCACUUUCGCUGAGGAAUUUCAGAUGCAUCUUGGUGAAUCGCAAUUACAUCAAUCAAAUCACCCCCAGAACUUGGGUUAUAAUAAUGAUAUAAUGGAUCCUUGACUCAGUUGGAUGAUCAUUAUAAUCUUCAUGUGGAUGGUUCUCAUACGGAUGUUGCUCGAGGGUUCACUGGUCUAUUGCCUGCCUAGCUAUAACUCAUCUGCUUCUGGGACUCUUGUGGGUGCUGACGGGCAGUGUGCCGGCCAACAACAAUAUUUUCCUUCCUCAAGAUAUGUUCAGCAACAUGUCUCCUGUGGAUCAGAAGCUUUUUCUAUUCAUUUUUAGAGGGAAAAUUUUGUUUACUCUGUCUCCUUUGGAUCAAUCUUUUGUGUCAGAGGUUGGACUAUUUUUUCCAAGUAAAAUGGCUUAAACUCUAUGAAAAUAUUUGGCAACACUGCUAAUAAAUUUUCAAAGUCUAUUCCUCAUACAACUCCAAUCAAAACACUGAACAAGGUACUUCAUUUUUUGUUAGCUAAAUCACAUGUUUUCUCAUUUUCACGUGGUAAAACCAUGGUACAAAUUACAAUUAAAUUGGAUUUUAGCUUGAUGCUUUUUCUUAAUUUUAAUUUCAUUGGAGACUUAUUUGCUAAAGAGCUGGAUAGAUGAGUAUGAUAGUAUGGUCAUGCUGCUGUCGAUGCUUGGAGUAGAUAGAAGAUAAAAAGCUAAGAAGGAGAUGGUUGGGCUGGUGGACUUUGAAAAAGAUAAGGAUUUUUGGCAACUUGACAUGUGGAAUACUUUCUUCGCCGCAAAGUGGCUUCUUCUUAGGCAUCAAUGGGAAAUAAGUCUACCUAUCCAAGUUAGGGUUCACCUAGAAGCUUUGGGAAUCCUUCUGCAUAUAGGAGUUUUCUGUUAUGAAUUACAAGACAGUGGUGCCCAGUUGUUUUCUAAUCCCAUCAGAUGUUGGGCUUGUGCUUUGCUGACUUGGAGUUUCUAUUCCAAUGGAUUUUGGAAUUGUCACUGUUUGUGGUCCGAACUUGAUGCAAUUUUAGUAUGUUGUUUCUGACGAUGAGUACUAUGUAUUGAUUGGUGUCGAUCGUUGGUCUUUCUCUCCAGUCGCUUUGUUGUUAAUACAUACUUGGUGAGAUCUUUCUUUAUUCUUGUUGGAAUCCACUUUAGGGUGAUGAAUUUAUAUUUAAUCCAAUAAUGCAUAUAUUCUUGAUGUGGUGAUAACCUCUGGA